GUACUGUUACCUACCUUACUGGGCUCAUCCAUACCUUGGCACUUCUUAGCUACCUUGCCUACCUACUCUUACUAUUCAUUACGUUUAGUUACAUCCUUGGAAUAACAACUAAAGUGACAACGAUUAUCAAACCAAACACCUUAUUGCAUCAAGCUACCUGGACAGGCAGGCAAGCAGGCGAUACUGUACCAUCCAUCUGAUGGAUUGAGGUGUUCAACCUGAACAAACUCCAACGGGUAAUCCUAGCUAGCAUCUUUACAGGUCUAGAACUAGAAUAGACCUAGUUCGCGAUAGUCUAGGUCGACCUAUCGCACCAAUCCAGGUGCUACAAACUGAUCUCGGGACGCAUCUACCCGUAUCUGCUUUCCCCAGGAUGCCCAACAGCGAGAGGACACCGCUGAUCACCACCCACCAGGUUGGUCCUCAGAGGCAGCGGUACCCCCACAAUGUCGCCCGCCGCUUCUGCACCAUAGCCUUGUCUUCCACUUUGAUAUGGGUCAUUUUCACCUGGAUCACAACUGCAAUCUUGGGCCGUGGCCCGGCUCAUCGACACCACGGCCACCACGAUGACUGGUCGUGGCCCGGCCAUAAGAAUCGCCGAUUGGAUGACGAGGGCCUCCUCAAGGUCUUGACCCAGACUCCGAGCAGUGAGCUCUGCGAGGAGUGGAGCCGCUACUACACCUCCGGACCUCACCUCGCCGGCCAGAACUAUUCGCAAGCCGAGUGGACCAGGGACAAGUGGCAGUCAUGGGGAAUCGAUUCGAGCAUUGUUGCUUACGAUGUCUAUCUGAACCGUCCUGUCGACCAUAGACUAGCCCUGCUUGAGAAGGCGACAGGAGACAAGCAUGAUGGAGACGAGUCUCUUUCCAAGUCCAGCUGGAAAGUCAAGUUCGAGGCUUCUCUCAAAGAAGACAUCAUCGAUGACGACCCGACUACUGCACUCAACAAUGCUAUUCCGACUUUCCAUGGCUACUCGGCCAGCGGCAACGUGACGGCCCAGUUUGUCUACGUCAACUAUGGUACCUACCAGGAUUUUGAGGACCUCAUCAAAGCGAAUGUGUCACUCAAGGGCAAGAUUGCUAUUGCCCGCUACGGUGGCAUCUUCCGGGGACUCAAGGUAAAGCGUGCGCAAGAGCUCGGCAUGGCCGCCACUGUCAUAUAUUCCGAUCCUGGGGACGAUGGUUCCACCACGGACGAACAAGGGGAGAAGCAGUAUCCCAAAGGCCCUGCACGCCAGGCCAGCAGUGUACAGCGCGGCUCGGCACAGUUUUUGAGCAUUGCGCCCGGGGACCCAACUACUCCCGGUUAUCCUUCCCUGCCCGGCGCUCCGCGACAAGAUCCGCACAACGCCAUUCCCAGCAUCCCCUCCAUUCCCAUAUCGUAUGCCGACGCCAUCCCGAUUCUAAAGGCACUGAAUGGGCACGGCCCCAGCUCGGAAGACUUCAACAAGUACUGGACCCGAAACCGUGGCCUCGAGUACAAGGGCGUCAAGUACAACGUGGGGCCCUCUCCGCCUGGACUGGUUCUGAACCUGUACAACGAGCAGAAUUACAUCACUACUCCCAUUUGGAACGUCAUCGGUGUCAUUAACGGCACAAUCGAAGACGAGGUCAUCGUGGUCGGCAACCACCGGGACGCAUGGAUCAUCGGUGGCGCCGGUGACCCCAACAGUGGCUCUGCCGUCAUCAACGAGGUAAUCCGCAGCUUCGGCAAGGCCCUCGAAAGCGGCUGGAAACCACUACGAACGAUUGUGUUCGCUUCCUGGGACGGCGAGGAGUAUUCAUUAAUCGGCUCAACCGAAUGGGUCGAGCAAUAUCUUCCCUGGCUUACCAAGGUGAACGUGGCCUAUGUCAACACCGAUGUCGCCGUGGCUGGGCCCAAUUUCAAGGCAUCAGGCGCGCCAUUGCUGGACCAGCUAGUCUAUGACAUAACGUCACAGGUCCAAAGUCCCAACCAGACGGUCAAGGGCCAGACCGUGAGAGAUGUAUGGGAUGGUCCUAUCUCCACCAUCGGCAGUGGUAGCGACUUUACUGCAUUCCAGGACUUUGCAGGUAUCCCCUGCAUCGACAUUGGCUUCUCGGCCCACCCGAACGAUGCGGUCUACCACUAUCACAGCAACUAUGAUAGUUUCUACUGGAUGCAAAACUUUGGUGACCCAGGCUUUAUCUACCACCGCACCAUGGCCCAGAUUUUGGGCCUCGUCGUUGCCAAACUGGCCGAUAAACCUGUCAUACAGUUCGGUGUCAAGAACUAUGCCGACAAACUGACGGGUUACAUCGACAAGGUCGAGGACAAACUGGACGCCGUCAUGGCGGGCAUCACCUUGGAUUCCCAGCCAGAUCUCAGCGCUGAGCAGCAUCUCUUUGAGCUUCGAGCGAGCCACCACGCUGACACCAUACAGCCAAAGGGAAACGCAGAGGGCUUCAAGCGCGAAUUGACACGCCUGCGGGAGGCUGCCAAGACGUUUUCUCAGAGAGCCGAGGCCGUGGAUGAUCUCGCCGACAAGCUCAGGAAGCGCGUGGAAGAUGAGCUCCCCUGGUGGCAAUGGCCUGCAAAGAUCAAAUUGGGGUGGGAUAUCCGUAAGCUAAACAACAAGCUAAAAGUCGUCGAAAGGCAGUUCUUGUACGCCAAGGGACUGGACGGAAGAAGCUGGUUCAAGUCUGUCAUCUUUGCCCCAGGGUUGUGGACUGGCUACGCCGGCGCUGUGUUCCCUGGUCUGCAAGAGAGCAUCGACUCGAGGGAUUUUGCCAAUGCUAUCCGCUGGGUAGAUAUCAUCGAGGAUUGUAUAUACAAGGCUGCCGAUGUAUUGGUGCUCAAGGAUGGCGAGUGAAAUCGUUUGAGAUGAAAAAAAAAAUCCACACACGUCACUACCGCUGUGUGAUAAUGUACAUGAAACAGUCCAGGUUGGAAUUUGGCAACCGCCUUGUUGACUGAGGUUCGACAUGUAUCAUCAAUGACAAGAGUCGAUUCAAAGGAUAUUAUAACGUUUUGUAUUGAAAUCUAGGUUGUGCACUGUCCAAGCACCAUCCAUCUAAUCAAAAUUUGUAAACCAAUAAUCCCGGGGUUGUGGAUACGAUUUACCAAAGAUAAAAAGACUGUCUUAAGCUCAAG